AUGUGGCGCGCCGCAAAUCUCGCAUGUUGCCGAGUCGUAAAAACUUGAUCGCCCUCCACGCCAUCGACGCGACACCUUCGCUUUUCACACAGGAGCCGCACAACGGCGAGCCGCCCAUGCGCACGCACGCGGCGUCCUGCGUGCUCGGGUCCAAGGUCUACGUCUUCGGCGGGCUCGGCGCGGGCGCCUCGAACCAGCUCUGGGCGCUCGACACGAUCCUCCACCGCUGGGAGCGGCUCCUGCCCCCAGGCCCAAAGCCGCCGGCGAGGAGUGCCGCCACCCUCGCCGGCGACGACGACGCCCACGCCGUGUACCUGUUCGGCGGCCUGGGGCGGGUGAAGCGGGACUACCUCAAGAAGCGCGACGGCGUGCCCGGCGCGACCCUCCGGACCCAGCUCCACGCGCAGCGGUCCAUGUUUUCGGACGUGUGGCGCUUCGACGGGACGGCGAAGCGGUGGGAGGAGCUCACCUUCAUCCACAUGUGCCCCGCCCCCCGGAGGGGCCACACGGCGACCUACUGCUCCGGCCGGGUCCUCGUCGAGGAGCCCGAGGAAACGAGCGUCGACGGCACGGAGGCGACGUCGUUCACGGAGGCGACGUCCGCGGACGGGACCGAGGCCAGGUCGCUGGUCGAGGAGGGCGCGCUCCUCCCAAAGUACAUGGUCGUCGUCGGGGGCGCCGUGCCGGACCCCAAGGGCUUCGAGCACAUCGCGGGGACGCCGGUCUGGGCCCUCGACCUGAAUCGGAGGAAGUGGCUCCACCUCCCGACGACCGGGUACGCGGAGGCGGCGUACCGGUUCGAGCACACGACGACGAAGCUCGGGGAGCGGCUGUUCGUGGUCGGCGGCAUGACGAUGCCCCUGUGCGACGGCCAGGACUGGAAGCCGCCCCAGGGCAACGACCUGGUCUUCGGGGCGAUGCGCUGGGGGCGCGUCGUCGACGACGUCGCGUGCUGUGUGGAAAUCAACCAGUGCGUCGGGUGCACCCGACGAUUCUUCACUAAGUCAUUUCUUGGCGAUGACGCGGCCGACCUGGCUCGGUCGAGUGGCGAGGAACCGGCAUCGCCACGCCAUCGAGCAGGCGUCGCGUCGAUGGCGUGGAGGACGACGCGAUGAUUCAGCACGAACGCGCCGUAAAAUUUUGAUUUCCGCACAGGUCGCGUGCCUGGACCUGGAGACGCUCGUGUGGUCCCGGCUCGACGUCGACGGGCCGCCCCUGGCCGUGCGCGGCCACGCGGCCUGCGAGUCGCCCCUGAGACCGGGCGAAUUGCUCGUCGUCGGCGGCCGCGCGCCCGCGUCGUCGAAGAAGCUGGAGCAGGACUCCCAGAUCGAGUUCUUUGACGACGAAGUGGACGUGGACGACGGGACGCUCAAGGUCCGGGCGCUGAGGGUCGACGACCCCGUGCCCAAGUUCAGGAUCCUGCCGAUGGCCGGCCAGGCGCCGCCCGACUCCUACGGCCACGUCUGCGUGGGCUGGCGGGCCGACGCGCUGUCCUUCGAGAAGCUGCGGCGGGACCGGGGCGAGGAGCUGGAGAAGCACGCCGUCGCCAUCCCCGGCGGCGCCGCGCGCGAGGCGCCGGCGCGCAAGAAGAAGAAGAAGAAGAAGCGGGGCCAGAAGGAGAAGCCGCCGCCCCGGGGCCUGCAGGGCGUGCUCGGCAACGCGCUGUGCCUCGAGCAGGCCUGCCUGCUCUGCUACGGCGGGGCGACCUCGGACUCGUCGUACGGCCCGCUGGCUCUCCACCUGUUCGACAUGGCGUGGGGGCCGCCGCCGGACUCGGAGGACGAGGACGAGGCGGGCGACGUGUGGCGGCGGCCGACGACGCCCGAGGGGCCGGCGACGCCCCAGUUCUCGCCGAUCAAGGAGGACGCGCUGCGGGGCGUCCAGGGCUCGCGCUGCGGCUCGCCCGACCUGUUCCGGCCCUCGACGGGGUCGUCGCACGGCUCGCGCGCGGAGCGGCGGCGGGCGGAGCAGGACCGGCGCUUCUUCGUCGAGCAGCUCGAGAAGCACGGCGGCCAGUUGCCCGAGUCGUACGCCCUCAUGAAGGCGGUCAUGGAGCGGCGCGCGCCGGGGCUGCGGACGAGCCGCCUGAGACCCGGCAUGAAGGCGCCCGCCGACCCGCCGUGGCAGCGGGCCCAGACGGCGCCGCUCCUGCAGCUCCCGGGCGCGCGCAUGUCGCUCGGGUCGCGGCCGGGCUCGCGCGCGUCGUCGCGGCCCGCGUCGCGGCCCGGCUCGCGGCGGCCGUCCUCGACGAACCGCCCGCGCACGUCCGCCGGCGACCGGCCGCCCACGAGCGGCUCCGCGCGACCGACGACGGGCGACCGGCUCGGCGCCGCCGCGCGCGCGCUGGCGCCGCGGCCGAGCACGACGCAGACCGUCCGCACGGUCGGCCGCGCGACGCUCGGCCGCGGCAGUCUGCUGGACGUGGGGCACCGGACGCUCGCGGAGCUGCCCGACGCAAACACGACGAUCUGGCGCGCGCGGGACAUCUUCCGGGUCAACGUCGAGGCCACGGAGGAGCACGCGUUCCAGACCAUGCGCGAGGCGACGCUGGGGCGGCCGCGGACGGCUUUCUAAUCUUAUCGGUUCUUAG